AGCGCGGUCAUGUCUGGUCGGGGCAAGGGCGGCAAGGGGCUCGGUAAGGGCGGCGCCAAGCGCCACCGCAAGGUGUUGCGCGACAAUAUCCAGGGCAUCACCAAGCCCGCCAUCCGCCGCCUGGCUCGGCGUGGGGGCGUCAAGCGCAUCUCGGGGCUCAUCUACGAAGAGACGCGCGGCGUGCUCAAGGUGUUUCUGGAGAACGUGAUCCGCGACGCCGUUACCUACACGGAGCACGCCAAGAGGAAGACGGUCACGGCCAUGGACGUGGUCUACGCCCUCAAGCGCCAGGGUCGCACUCUCUACGGCUUCGGCGGCUAAAGCUUUGUGCUCCUACCAGACCAUCGGACAAAAACCCAAAGGCUCUUCUAAGAGCCACCCACUUUUUCUUUUAAAAGAGCUGUGUUGCUAUAUUGCGUUUGCUGAUAGUUACCAUUGCAUUUCUUUCCUUUGCCUUGCACUACCCGUGUUCCUCUU